CGUUGGCCUACGAGUCGGACUAUGUUUGUCCGGGUCGGAGUUGAGUUCCGGCUCGAGAUAGCAGCGGAGACCGUCGGAUUUUGAUCGCACGGUCUGCGGCUCCGUGUCGGCCUCGCUGGGGUUCAGCGCUGCGACGCCAUGUCCGAGACGGAUUCAUCGGCGGCGGCGGCGGAGGGUCGGAAGCCGAGGCGGCUGCGGGGGCACAAGAAGGGCGCCGUCACCUGCUGCGUCGCCUCCUCCUCCCGCCCGGGCGUCGUCGCCUCCUCCGGCGAGGAUGGAUGUCUUUGCUGGUUUGAUUUGCGUACGAAGGAUGUGCUUUUCACCAUGGAGGCGACAAAUCAACCAAUUUCUUCUGUGUGUUUCAAAGCAGGAAAUGAAGAUCUUGUGUAUGCCUCUGCUGGAAAUGAAAUUUUAUCUUUCGAUGUUCGAAUGGGACCUCAAGCAAAGCCAUUGGACACUUAUAACUACAAUAGAGAUGAAAUCAAUCAGAUUGCUGUGAGCUCUAAAGGUUUUCUUGCUGCUGCAGAUGACAGUGGGGAUGUCAAGAUUAUCAACACCAUCCAAAAAAGCCUGUACAAAAGAUUGAGGGAAGCCCACACAAGUUUAUCCCUUAGUUAUCUUUAUAAGAUUUGCAGCAGUGUACAAUUCAUUCCUUGGAGACCUUGGACAGCUAUUACUGGAGGCCUUGAUUCAAAGCUUGCUGUGUGGGAUUUCUCCAAAGGGCGAACACUGUUUUCUAUAGAUUAUGGAUCACCUGAAAUGCAGAAUGGAAGUUCAGGUGGGCAAUGUUUCAAUCCUCCUUUUGUUCACUCAAUAGCAGUUUCUGAAGAGGGCAUCUUGGGAGGGUCGUACAAAGUUUGUGCUGUUGCAAGAGGAGAUGGUGCUGUUGAUGUGGUUGAUCUAGAAUAUGAACUUGCCCCUGCAAAAUCAAAAGGGCUUCCUCGGAUGGCAGAUUUGAGUUUAAGCUCGAAAAGAACUGAUUUAGGAGAUGGAUGUGGUAGUCAAAGUCAAGGGAACAGGAUCCACCUUGAUUACACAGUGGGUGGUCAUACUUCAUCUGUUUCUUGCGUUACAUUUUCAGCAUUUGGCGAGAAGGGGAAGUUUCUUGUUUCUGGUGGCAAUGAUUCAUCAAUUAAAUUAUGGGAUUGGUCCAAAGGGUUCUCCUCUGAAACAAACAACAGUGCUGAAUUGGUGUUGGAUAUAAAGGUUAAUAAAAAGGUGAACUGGUUGUGUACUACUCCGACUGAUUCAGAUAACCUGAUUGUGUGUGACACAUCCAAGGUGGUCAAAGUUUACAAUCUACCUUAGACUGACAAUGUGCGGCAUUAUCAAUGCCCAAGAGCAGCCCUGUACCAGUCGAUGGGACAAUUUCUUGAGGACAUUUAGCACAAAAUUGUGUGCCCGACCAUCAGUGUCAGCUUGGUCCUGACUAGUCUUUUGACAAUGAUGAAGCUAGGCCCACUGCAGCAAGUUGUGUGACGUGAGAAAUCAAGAUUGUUAGUUCUCUGCAGCUAGUUGUGUGAAGUGAGAGUUCAAGAUUGUUAAUACGGUGAAAUGAACGUAUGUUCUCUAAGAGUCAGCGUGUUUUUGUGCUUGCAACCAGCUUCCUUGUACUAAUGGCGAAAUCCAUUUAUGUUUUGUGUUAUUUUAGCUGUUCUUUCUUACAAAGACAAUACCACAAUGAUGUAGCGCAUCAUCUUCAAUUCUUCCUCAUGUAAUGUAACGAGUAAAUCAUAGUCAAUAUUCAAGCUUACAUGGUGCUAUAUGUAGCACAUAUGUACGCUACUAUGAACAAAACUAUGCCUGAGUAAUGAAACAUGUUUUUUUUU